CUUUAAGACAAUGACGGGGGGACGGUGUUGUAACAGGAACUAAUCGUGACGGACAGGGCUAUGCACUGGGAGUGUUUCUUAAUAAAACUGUUUGACUUCAUUGUAGGAGUCAGUACGUGACUUGGUAUUCUUGACAUGGAGCCUUAUAUAUAAACGACUACUCUUUAAGUUAUUAUUCUUAUUUGAUGUGGAUAAAAAAGAUAUACUUUUAUUAAUUCUAAUAGGCAGAAUUGAAGCACUUCUGUGAUAGCGCCUACCGCCAACAUUCAAAUAGGAUGCAUAUCACAACAGUCUAAUCUAAUAAAGUCUUGCGAACGCUUCAAGGAAAGAAACUUUUAAAUGGCAUCUAAAUGUCAAGCUAUUUUGGUACUCUGUGUUGUACUGUAUUGCUUCUACCUCUCAGGUGCGCUGCUGUGUUAUCAAUGUCUGGGCACUGAAGAGAACAGCCAAUGUGAGGUGAACUAUACAAAACUGGUCAACUCUUCCACGAACUACACACACUACAAAGACUAUUUUCAAAAUUGUUCUGAGUCCAAGUUCACCUGGGACAGAUGCAUGAUCGAAACGUCGAUUUCAAAUGGUAAAAUCACGUUAUUUCACAGAGGCUGUCACGACGGGAAAACGUUCACGCCAACCUUCAACGACACUAGGUUUUUCAACCUCAGCCCAAACAACUUGACCACCUGCGCACAGCUGAGCACGGUUGUCUGCUACUCGUUUUGUAACGAGGACUUCUGCAACGGGCCGGUGCCUCCGCCCAUUAAGGUGUGCAACGUAUCAGCUCUUGGCUACGGUGAGGAGUGCGCCGGACAUCAAAUAUCUGCGUCUUUCAUUACAAGCAUGUUCGCCGCUAUUACCGUGACCUUUAUUUGCUACAUAUGGACCUGAUUCUAAACUAAAUCUAACAUCUGCAUCUAUUUAUUGUACUCAUCUUUGGCAAAGGGCACGAAUUAGGAAUUUGUGCUAAUGCGUCAAAAAUCCAAAUCAAAAUCAAAAUCAUCUUUGGCACUUAAGGAAGUGGGCCUACAUUUGGGUUAUCAAGAGCAAGAGAACUGCUGUUAUGUUUUGUAUUUGAAAAAAUAUUUAUAUUAGUUUAUAAACCGUUGACUAAUUGUAAGUUUGAUGAAUGCUUUUUUUUUUCACCCUGUCAGUCUGUCUGUCUGGGUACAAAUUUUGAUCACGUUAUUUCUCCUAAUUCCCUUACUCAUAAUUAUUCCUUUUUUUUCUAGCAAAACAUGAAUGAAUACAAAAAUUAACCAAUUAGUCAAUUAAUUAGUGGUAAUUAAUCAAUGUUGUUUGAUAUCAAAAGGAUGAAAUUAAUCUUACAGAAUUGAUAAAUAUGUCUGUAAAUGUAGAGUUUUUCCCCUCAGAAAAGCUUUCUUUUAUGAAGUAUUUUUUUUUAUUUUGUUCAUUUCAACAAAACUUAUAUCAACUCAUUCAGUCUGUCUGUCUUUCUGUCUGUCUGCUAAAAUUCGAACAUGUUUUUUUGUUAAUUUUCCAUUCUCGGAUCAGGUUUAAACUUUGCAGUUAUUCACUGAACCAGACUAGACAUGAACCAUUAGUUAGUUCAUUGAUUGUUCGUGAUUCAUUAUUUUGUUUUAUAUCGAAAUAAGGGGAAUAACUGCUACUUAAUGAGAGAGGUGGAUGUGUAUAUUACAGUAUAUGGAUUUAAUUCCCUUAUUACGUUUUGACACGUUUUUUUUCUCCCACUUCCCAUUCUCGGCUCAAGUUGAAACUUUGCACAAUUAUUCAUAGUCGAUGACAAUACAGGAAUCAAUCCGAAAAAAUAACCAAUUAGCUAAUCAUUUAGUAUUAAUUAAUUUAUUUUGUUUUAUAUAGCAGAAAGGUAGCUAAGCCCUGCCAUUUUCAGUAAAUGGCAGUAAUUAGUUGUUCCUUCCCUUAGAAAAGUUUUUUUUAUACAAUUUUCUCUUUUUUUCAUUAUUGCUAGAUUUUUGUUAAUACAUUCCAACAAUAAAAUAUGAAAGACCCACCUGUUUUUUGAACAAUUGUAUUAUUUUACAUAAGGGUGGGGGGUGUUGUUGUUUUUAUAUCGGGGAGCAUACGGACUGAUUGACGGUUUCUAUUUGUACACCAGAUACACCGAAAAAGCUUUUUAUUUACGGAUUAGCCUCCAUGUAUAAAAAUCUCAAAUAAGCAUCAUUUGUUAUAUCAUUUUUAUAUCAUUUCCUAUAUCAUUUGUAAAAAUAAUUUUUUUUUCAUAUAUGUUUCGUUUUUCUUUUGUGUAUUAUGUCCCUUUUUCUUGCCAUUAAUUACACCUGUAUUAAUGGACCUUAUUCAUCAAAACGAACGGUCACGUGAUAAUAUUGAUUUUAAAAAAACGGGG